AUGCUGUCCGGCAUGGAGAUUGAUGAGAUUCAAUGCAAGUUCCCGAGAAUCGCCAAUGGCAGCCGGAAGAUGGACGGCCAGUUCCCGGACGAGGAGGAGGACGGCGAGAAUAAGAAAGCCGUCGCCGCCGCCGCCUCCGCCGUCGGCGGCGGCCUGCUCGGGGGCGGGGUGGGGCGUUUCUACGGGUGGCCGUCGUCGCGAAUUGUGAGGGUGUCGCGGGCCUCCGGCGGGAAGGACCGUCACAGCAAGGUGCUGACUUCGAAGGGCCUCCGGGACCGGCGGGUCCGGCUGUCAGUGAACACGGCGAUUCAAUUCUACGACCUGCAGGACCGGCUGGGUUACGACCAGCCGAGCAAGGCGGUCGAGUGGCUGCUCAAGGCGGCGGCCUCCUCCAUCGACGAGCUCCCUCCGAUGAGAAGCCCCUUCCCGGACACUCCCUGCAGGCAGACGAGCGACGAGAAGCGGUCCGACGGCGGCGGCGGCGACCACCAGCUCGGACUCGACUCCGGCGGCGGAGGAAUAGAUCCGAGCUUCCCCCAGUCGCAGGCGACGAAAUCCUCCGCCUGCAGCAGCACGUCGGAGACCAGCAAAGGCUCCGGCGGCCUCUCCUUGUCCAGAUCUGAGAGCCGUAUCAAGGCCCGACAACGGGCCAAAGGACGAGUCGCCGAGAAGGAGAAGGAAAAGGAGAACGACUCGUCUCUUUCCGGCGGAACACUGAACCACCACAUUUCCCAAACCACUUCCUUCACGGAGCUGUUGAGCGGAGGAAUUGGCACUGUCAGUAACCACACGAACACCUCCGGCGAAGGGGGCGCCGUCGCCGGCAACCCGUCGAAUUUUUUCCUGAAAUCGCCGAGAAACUGGUCCUCGACCCCGAUGGACUACUUCGCCUCCGGCCUCUUGGGCCCGCCGGGGCAGAUGAACCCGUUCGCUCCGGUGGCCUCGCCGAUGUUCAGCGUGGCGGCGGCGGCCGACCACCACCACCCGGAGCUCCAGCAUUUCACCUUCGUCCCGGAUUUGACGGCUGCCGGCGGAGGAAACAACCUGAACUUCAGGAUCUCGCCGUCGUCCGGGAACUCGUCCGGCGAACUUGCUGGCUACAAUAGGGGGACCCUUCAGUCCAAUUCCUCUCCUCCGCCGUCACUGUUGCCUCAGCUCCAGAGAUUUUCCGAGGGAACUUCACAGGGCUUUUACCUGGAAAACCACCAUCAACACCACCACCAGUUCCAGUCGGGCUACGAUGCCCGUUUGCAGCUAUGCUAUGGUGAGGCCAAUGUCAAUGAAAAUAAUUCCGGCAGCCACUCCGGCCAGAAGGGGAAAGGCAAGAACUGA